GAGUAUGACAGUGUUGACGCCGAUGUUGCGCACCAGCUUGGGACCUUCGUGACCAAGUCCUUCAAGGAUUCGCAAGAGAGGGCUUCUUGUCUGUCGUGCAGCACAAGACCCAAGAGCUACAUCAAGAGCCUGACAGUGUAUGAGCGAGACCCCAAUGACCGCAGAUAUCGGAUGACAGUGGAUUUGGAUCACGAUCGAGACACGAGCUACACGCAUGUUUGGUACAACAAGGAAAAACAAUGGCACUCCUUGCCGUCGGCUCUUCAAGCUUUUCCGAAGAGGCGUAGCGUUUUCAUGGGUCCUCGCAUCUUAGAUGAUGAGGCCAAUGUUGCAGACUUCCGUGAACCUGACGUUGUCAGUGUGGGGCACAGCCUAGCAGUCCAGCUCAACGGCUCAAUCUUGGAGCUUGCAGACGUCGCGCUCUGGGAAGAGGGCUCGGCAGCGGCCCACGAUGAAGUUCCUUUGGAGUUUCUUUUCACCGGCGCACCUGACGGCAUCAAUGAAAGUCAAAUUUCAUCUGCGCUGACACAGAAGUUAGCGGACAGGCUGCAGGAGGAGCAAAGGGUGGAGUUUCGAUCGCAGCUCAAGAAGCGUCAGGAAUCUUCUUUGCGGCGCCGCAAAGCAGGGCCUGAUGAGGGCGGUGAUGAAGCUGAGGAGACGUGGCGCAGAUACUUGCACAAGCCAGCACCAGAAGUGAAGUUAAAGGUGCAUAGUGUGUUUGAUGCUGGUACCCGGGUCCGGAAAGUUUUGGGCUGCCGUGUGCUGGUGUCUCCGGAGGCGGCUCUAGAACUCGGGAAGAUUUGCUUCCGUUCCAUCUUUGAGAGCGAGGAAGAGGAGAGGGAAAGACUACGGCAACUGCAUUGGUAUGAG